CCUUGUGCCAGCAUUGCUGUAACUCAAUUUUCACACCCUGUGAAGUGCAUGGUAUUAUUUCUCUCUGUUCACCGAGAGGAAAUGGAAGCACAGAGAGGUUAAGCGACUUGCCCGAAGUCACACAGCUGAUAAGUGGUGGAGCCAGGAUUUGAAUCAGUAAACAAGUUAACAAGUAAAUCAAAAAUUCCUCAGUCCCCACGCGCAGAACUCAUAUACAUUCCUCAUGCAAGAGAUGGGGUUUACCCAGCUGACACACCAGAGUAUGGAAGCCGAGAGAGGUGAAGUUGCCCACCCAAGGUCUCAGGGCCAGUAGUUGGGGCAGGAGGAUUUAGAGCCAGCUGCCGCUAACUCGGGCACUGCUGCACCCCAAGCUCUUCUCCCCAAAAUCUACUGCCCCAAGACAGGACAAUCUCUCAUUACUGUCACAGCAACGGAGCCAGGGCCACCUUAAGGCCCAAUGUCCCUCCAGGCCCUGAGGGAGAAAGGAGGAUGGGAGCCGCUCCGGCUGGGGCGCCCACUUCCCUGGCUUUGCAAGGAUGUUCUCUGUCUCUAGAAACAGAUUGAACUGGCUGCCUCCUCCCCAGCCUCACCCAUCUGCCCCCCUCCCCUUUGCUCCCUGUAAGGUCACUUCACUGUGUUCCGAGGCUAACUGGGAAUCAAAGGGGGGAAGGUGGAGCGGGGAGAGAAGGGGAAGGCGUUGGGGGCUGAAAUUUGAGAUCCCAGCCUCCCUGUGGGGGGAGGUUGGAGAGAGAGACACAGAGAGACAGAGACAGGAAGAGAGAAUUCGGUUGCCUUUGGUUUUCCAAAGCGGGCAGCUUGGGGGUUUGUGUGUGCGUUGUUUUCUUUCCUCCGCUCAGGCAGGGAGGCCAGGCCUCCCCUGGAUAAUCCAAGGACUCAGGGGCGAGGCAGGCAAGCCAGUGCAGGGACACGGCAGUGUGCGGACAAGAGUGAGGAGGCAGGAAGGGAAAGGGGGAAGAAGAGAGGUGAGGGGGUGUCUGGGGCGGGAGCCUGAGGCGGUGGGAGGAAGCAGAGCAGCUGUGGUAUUUGGAGCAAGUAUAAAUAGCCGCCUGGACGGAGCUUGGCCAAACAGGGCUUUGCAGCUGCAGCGGCUGUGCAGGCGGGACUGGCCACUGUUGGCCACGGUGGGUGCAAACUGGGCAGGGAGACAGGCGGUGGACAGGCACGGCCCCUGGGCUCUGACCUGACACCGCUCGCCAUCACAUCUCUGGAUGCCUUCUCGGCCAGCCAUGCUGCUGAGUGGCCUCCUCCUCGUUGUGGCCACCACGACUGUGGCCCAGCGGAGGGGGCAGGAGGCCGGCGGGCGCCGCCGGGCACACCGAGUCCAGCAUGGCCAGUGCAGCUACACCUUCGUGCUGCCCGAGCCUGAGCCCUGCCCGCCGGAGCCCGAGGCCUUCGGGGGCUCCAACAGCCUCCAGAGGGACUCCCCGGCAGCCGCACUGAACCUAGGGGACUGGCCGACCCAGCGGGUACGACAGCUGGAAAAAAUGCUAGAGAACAACACACAGUGGCUGCAGAAGCUAGAAAGGUACAUCCAGAUGAACCUGAGGCUGGAGCUGGCGCAGGCCCAGCAGCACAUGGUCCAGAACCAGACAGCCACCAUGCUGGAGCUGGGCACCAGCCUCCUGAACCAGACCACCGCCCAGACCCGCAAGCUGACCGACGUGGAGGCUCAGGUCCUGAACCAGACAUCGAGAAUGGAGAUCCAGCUUCUGGAGACGUCACUGUCCACCAACAAGCUGGAGAGGCAGCUGCUGCUGCAGGGCCACGAGCUCCACCGGCUGCAGGGCCACAACAGCGCGCUGGAGACGCGGGUGCAGGCCCUGGAGACGCAGCAGCAGGCGGAGCUGGCCAGCCUCCGCGGCGAGAAGGAGCGGCUGCGGCGCCUACUGGGCCGCCAGAGCGGCGCCCUCGCCGGCCUUGAGCGCAGCCUGCGCGCCGCCAGCAGCAACUCCAGCCUCCUGCAGCGCCAGCAGAGCCAGCUGCUGGAGUCGGUGCAGCGCCUGGUGCGCGUCGUGGCCCAGAGCCCGGCCUCCAUGAGGGCAGCCGAGCAGGUGUUCCAGGACUGUGCAGAGAUCCAGCGCUCCGGAGCCAAUGCCAGUGGCAUCUACACCAUCUAUGUGGCCAAUGUGACAGAGCCCAGAAAGGUAUUCUGUGACAUGGAGGCCAGUGGAGGUGGGUGGACCCUCAUCCAGCGCCGUGAGAAUGGCAGCAUGAAUUUCCAACGGAACUGGAAGGAUUACAAACAGGGCUUUGGCAACCCAGCCGGGGAGCACUGGUUAGGUAACGAGGUGGUGCACCAGCUCACCAGCAGGGCAGCGUACUCUCUGCGCGUGGAGCUGCAAGAUUGGGAAGGCAACGAGGCCUACGCCCAGUAUGAGCAUUUCCAGCUGGGCAGCGAGGGGCAGCUGUACAGGCUUUCCCUGAGUGGGUACAGCGGCUCGGCGGGGCGCCAGAGCAGCCUGGUCCUGCAGGGCACCAACUUCAGCACCCGCGACGCAGACAACGACAACUGCCUCUGCAAGUGCGCCCAGAUGCUGUCCGGAGGAUGGUGGUUUGAUGCCUGCGGCCUCUCAAACCUCAAUGGCAUCUACUACCCGGCCCGCCACCACGUGCGCAAGCUCAACGGCAUCCGCUGGCACUACUUCCAAGGCCCCAGCUACUCGCUGCGCUCUACUCGCAUGAUGGUGCGUCCCACAGACAUCUAAGGAGCAGCCCGCCUGGAGGCUGGUCCCGCAGGAGGACCUGGAUGUGGUAUCCUCUGAACAAGCUGGACCCAAACACAGGACACAAUGCCAGGACCUCGUCCUGGACACCCUGGGUCCCCUGAGCCAGCCCUCCUUACCCCAGGAGUCCAGAAGAGUCACCUCCCUCCCUUUUUCCCUCAAGUUGUGAAAUGGUGGGUGUUUGGGGGUUCCUGCCUCUUCAUUGUCCCUAUUUCCUCUUCUCUCCUGCCUCCUGCAGGGCCCUCCGGCCAGCUUGAGGGUCGCAGUACCCUGGAUGAGCUGAGAACAGAUUUAACUGGGCUCCUCAAAGGAAUACACGACUAGUGGUGGGAUGUGAGGCAGGCGGAAAGGUAUUUACAGGCAGGAAACUGCCCAGAUGGAGGCCCAGAGUCUGUCCCUGGGUUGUUGGGAAGGCCAUCUCUUGUUCCAAGCUUUCUCAGCCUUGAGAUGUCCUUGAGCUUUCUGUUCAGGACUGAAGGAGCUGCAUCCACCCUAUAACGGGAGUUAUUUCCACCCACAUUGUCCACCACUCCUAGGCCCCAGCAUCUAAAGCUCAGAUGUGGUUUCUCAGGGGCUCCAGGAGAUCUAAGAGGGAUUCCUUUACCCCUUGAAUGUCCUAGAAUAUAUUCCAGAGAGAAUAACUAGGACUCCCCUCUAAAAGUACCUGUGGUCAAGUAAGGGAGGGAAACACCAGGUUAAACCAACGUGAACCGGCAUUCUUAGCUGCAGGCCUUGUCAGGGCCAUUAGUGUGGUCAUGUGCUUAGUGACUGCCCAUGAAAGGGCUAGAGUAGGCAGCUUUCCCCAAAUUUAUUUAUUUGAAAAUGGGCCCUGAUUAUCCCAGAGCAUCUCUCAGGGCUGCGGAUACCCUUGGAAAAAGCUGGUCCUUGUAUGUCAUGAGCUGAAACCCCAGGUCACUAUCCCCAGCCCCAGCUGCUUUCACCAUUUCUAGCUACGAGGGCCACAGUGACAUUCUCAGCCUCUAAAAACAACUGGAAGGAAACUUUGGGUUAAAACAGAUACACCGUCGCUGAAGAAGGGUCUAGAACUAAGUUUCCUGUCUGUGCUCCAAGGCUUCUCUGUCCGUAGGAAGCCAGAUCUCUGUCUAGGGGCUGCCCUCAGCACUCCGUGUGACCCCAGCUCAUACCAGCUCAAGUUCAGGGGCUCUUGGGGCCCACUCUGCCUCGAACAGGACACCAAGAGCUGGGUCCAGAUCCCUCCUGCCUCCAAGGCAGAGCCCCUAGCCUCCUCUUGCCUUGUCCAACAGCGAUGCUGCAGCUAGGGCUCCAUGGAGACUGGGCCUUUGCUGAGUCUGGGAGACCACGGGCUUCUCAUGAACUUUUUUCAGAGAGGGGCCACAGCCACUCUGCCACCCAGUCCCAUUACUGUGUCACCCUCCUCAGACCUGAUGAGGCCACCAAAGUCCUGUCGUCCUCAGCCAACACCCGGACCCAGCCCACGACCGACCUGCCCUACCGCCAGGUUGCACCUCUGUCUUCAGAAGGUUUUCUCCUGGAUGGGGCUGCACGGUGGAAAUGGGGCACCUUCAUCCCACUGGGCUCUGCCCCCACCCCUGGGUCCCACCUCGGCCAAUCCACUGAUUAAACCCAGCACAGAUUAAUGCUGAUCUCCUUCAGGGAAACCAAAGGAUGUGGUUGCUAAUGGUGACUUCAGGCAGGAGGGAAAAGUACUUAGGGGCAGGUGGCUGCCCAGGAGGCUGACACCGCCCUAUCCAGCAUUUGCUCGGCCAGCCUUUAUUUAGUGUCUACGGUGUACAGUGUGGUGCUGCUGGCAGGACUUAAGAGUCAGACAGCCCUGCUGCAGCUCUUGAACUUGAAGCCAGUGGCUCAGCCUCUCAAGGCCUCAAUCGUCUGGUCUGUGAAAUGGAGAUGGUGAUAUUCCCUCCUUGCUGUGAUGGGGCAGGAGGAAAUGAGACCUUGUAUUGCAACUUCUUAACAGAGCCUGGCAUGAAACAGGUGCCUAAUAAAUGUUAGUUCCCAAAGAGGUGCAUGGGGUGGAGAAAUCGGCCCCCUAGCGCAUGCCACUCCUUCUUCUGGACCCAGGGAAGGUAAGCAUUUUAUUUUUGUAUCUACAGCAUUUAUUUUUGUGCUACAAGUAUAUAGGCAAUGCUGUGUGCCCCGGGAACAGAGCUCCUCUGGGUGGGGUGAAGUCCCAAAUCCCUGUCUGCCCUCCAGUUGUCUAAGAAGACCAAGAAGCCGAUUUGGGUAGCGCUCACACAUAUGUUCUUUAAAAUAUCCAUCCUUCCUUCUUACUUUCCUUCCUUCUCUGUGCCAGGACUCUCAAGUGCAAGGGAUAGAAACCUUAUCCUGAGGAAUGGAUUGACUCACAUACAGGGAGUCUAGGGAUGGAUUCAGAUGUGGUUAGAUCCAGGUGCUCAAGUGAUGUCCCUCCCCACCUCUCAGGCUUGCCAUCCACCAUGCUGACCUCAUUCUCAGUCACGUUCUUUCCUUAAAGAUGGCUCCAGCAGCCCCAGGGUUGUGGCCUGCCUGCUCAGCAUCCUUCAGACAGAAAGCUCCCCUGUCCCAGGGAUCCCAGCAAGGCAGGAUUCCUUCCAGCCAGGACUGGUCCUGUGUCCAUCCCUGUGCUUAUCACUGUGAUUCUGGUUGACCAGACCUGGGUCACACUAUCAUGCCUGGAACCAGGGGGUGGAGUUAGUUCCCUCCAAGUCAUGUGGACUGGCCUUGGGGAAACUGAGGAGCCACUUUAGGAAGCAGGGAUGCUGGGCAGGCAAGAACAGAGGUUCACUUUUUCUCUUUCCAUCUCUCAGACUCCCAUCUCUCUUAUCUCCAUCUCUGCCUCUUCUCCUAGCCUCCCUGCCCCCAAGGCCCGCCCCUCAGGCUCCAGCUAAUCCCUGGUUUGCCCCAGACUAUCAAGGACACUGCUGUGUUCUGCCCAGAAGGCUCUGCCCAGUCCAGGCUCUGUCACUGGAGCAGAGCCCCUGCCCUCUCUAAGCCUCCAGUUCUCAUCUGUGCAAUAAGGAUGGAGCACCUACAAACAUCUAAAAGAGAGCAACGCUGACUCACCGUGGCUGCAGACAUGAACGGCUAAAGGAUUCUGGGUGCACAAGGCCCUAGGGGGCCUGGCUGGUGAGGUCUUGGCCUUGGGUGGGUCUCCUGGAGGCCACCGCUUGCAGGAACUGGCUUCUGAGAUACCUACAUCUGCAGGUUCCUAUGUAGAAUCCUUGUCCCCUCUCCCUGAAUCAGACCAGCGUUCCCCCAUUUUAGUAGUGAAGAAAUUAGAGCUCAGAGAGGGAAAGUUUCAUCCGAGAGGCACAGCCAGUCACCACCUCCAGUGCACUUGCACCUAUCAGCUGCCUCCCUCGUCCAGAGCUCUCUGGAGGCACAUUGGCACCGACCACAAAAAUGCUGGAGUGGUGUCCCUUCCACCUAUAUCAAGGGCUGAAGGAACUUUCUGGAAAGUUUUCCAAGACUAAUCUGUCUUUCCCACUGGCACCUGGUAGGUCCCGAUGGAGCCAGGCAGGCAGAAUGCAUUCUUCCCACGAUCUCUGCACGUUCGCAGCAAAGGCAGUUGCCACACUGGGGGAGAGAGUUCACUGAGCACAGCCUAGAGACAACAAUCAUGGGUGGGGUAGGAGGUGGCCCUUUGCAGGGGGCAGGGGAUAAGUCAGCAUCAGGAUGGUUUGUCCUGCUGGCUGGGUGAUUUGAUCCCUUUUUCCAGACUUUCCCCCCCGCCAGUGUCCAUCUGGGCCUUCACCUCUCUCACUGAAGAUGCUUGGGAAAGCUAACAGUGUUGCCUUGGCAACAGCAGCAUCAGCAUCUUUUGAUGGAGCAGCCCUUCUGAGAAUGGAAUCUGGUCCAGGCCACAUCCAGCAAAAAUGUGUUACUUUCUUGUGUUAGAUUAACGUGUAAUGUGGCCUGUGAGCUGCUGUUGCCUGUGUCCUGAGGGCAGGGAAGUCCAAUGGCCUUUAACAUCCAACACAUUCCCACCCUCCCCUGUGGGACCUCUCUGAGCCUCACUUUCCACAUCUGCACAAUGCAGAGACUGUGAUCUAGUCAUGGGGAAGUCGUGCAAAUUCAGUGCAGUGGUGGACAUCCAGGCCUGGCACGUUCACUCAUGUAUUUAUUCAUUCAUACACGUAUUCAUUCUUUCACAUGGCAGGGACGUACUGAGGACCUGCCUGGGCCAAGGCCUGCCUCGGUGAUGGGGAGGGAGCAGCAAACGAGAGAGACAGAUGGCCACAGUCCCGAAAUCAUAGAGCUUAACAGGCUAGAGGGAGAGACCCGCCAAAAUAAAAUUAAAAAAAUUUUUUAUUUAACUAAAUUAACUAAUUAAUAUAUUGUAAGUGAAGAAAAUAAACAGGAGUUACAGAUAAAAGAUUUCAGAGGCAGGGUGAUCAGGGAAGGACUCUCUGAAGAGGGACACUUAAACUGAGGACUAAAGGUGAGAAAGAGGCAGCCAGGUGAGGAGCUGGGGGAAGAGUAGGCCCACUGGAGGGAACAGCAUGUGCAAAGGCCCUGAGGUAGUUGUGAGGAACCAUAAGGAGGCUAGUGUGGGAGAGUGAUGCCACUGAGCCAGUGAGCCAAGGGAGAGUGGUGGGAAGAGGUGACCCCGACACCUAUUUCGGAAAUCAACUCCCCACCCCAGUGCCCACGAGGGACUGGAUCCAGCACCACUCUGCCCGAGUUGCUGUGGAGCUGGGGCAAAUUCCUGCCCCUCUCUAGACCUCAGUUUCCUAAUCUGUAAAAUUCAGGAGAGGGAUCGCCUCUGUCUGAAAGUCAUCCAGACCCUGGGUCUGACGUCUGUUGUGUCCACUGCCCUGAGCCUCUGCCACCAAGGGAGUCAGAAGGAGGAAGAGAAAAUAAAAGUCUUGCCACUGGGCUAGACAGGAGUUAGGGGCCAGCCAGGGGCUUGUGUGGGGAUAAGGGGCAUUCACUGCAUGGCUCCUCCGUGUUAGCUCUACACACACCACUUCGGAAUCCUAGUGGGUUCUGUUAUUGCCCCUGUUUUACAAAUGUGGAAACUGAGGCUCAGAGAAGUAAAGUCCUUUGCCUGAGGUCACACAGUGAGUUCUGGUACAGGCCAAGCUGCUGUAGCAGAAAGACCCCAAAACUCAGUAAGUUAAAUAUUUCUCUUUUGUGUAUGUCUGGAGUUGAGCCGUCUAUGUAUGGCAGAGCCACCCACCACCUCAGCUUCCUUCUCUGGGAGCAGGGCAAGCUGUACCCAAAGGUGACAUUUCCCAGCUGGCAGGAAGGGAAGCAGGACAUCCGGCACCGCUCCCCCUCCAGCGCCUGCCCUCUCACCCCAACCUCAUGUUUUGCCUGGAAGAUCCCAGCAGCCUCCCAAUAGAGCCCCAUCUCCAGGUUUGCUCCCUCCUGGCCUACAGUCAUGUCACUUCCCCUGCCUAGAGCCUUCAGCGGCUCCCAAGUACCCUGAGCUCAGCCUACAAGGAGGACUCCUCACCGCCUAGCUCAGCCCCUCUCCAGCUCCCCUCCUGCUGCAGGGGUUCUUAAACUGGAGUGCAGGUUUGGGUCUGAAGUAUUCCUUCUGAAGAGAGGGUCCCAGAUGGCCAUCAGUUGUCCUGGAAGAACUGUCCAUUUCCACUUGACCUUUAUUGCCCUAUGGAACAGAAUGCAGGGCCCGGCAUGCAGCAGCUGCUCUGUCUAAGUAACAUGGUUCUUUGGUUCAGCCCUCUGGUUCUGUAGAGAGCUAGGUCCAAGUCCCACUUCUGCCCCUUUCGAGGAUCAUGCUGGAGCCUCCAAAGUCCACAUGAAGGCUUAGUAAACUGUAAGUGCCCUCGUACUGGGCCUGUACAUAGUAAGUUCUCUGUGAUGUUAUCUCUAAUUAUUUCUCUAUGCCAGGCACCCCACGAAGAACUUCCCUUAGAAUAUCUGGGGAAGCCCUAUAACGGCCGUAUGGGAUAGGUACUAUUAUCAUCUCCCCCUUUUACAGAUGGGGAAAUGGAGGUCCAGAGAAGCCAAGAUACUUGGCCAAAGUCACACAGUGAGGGGUUUCAGAGGUGGUUUUGGACCCAAAUCACCUGCUCCAGAGUCUUAUGUUCCCUGUGACCAAGAUUAAAGGAAAAUAAAUACAUAAGCAAUUGCUGAGUCCAAGCUGACCAGUGCUUGGAACACACAGGAAGAUAAAGGCCAUUGAGUCCUCUGGGUCCUCCUGGGGCAGGGACGGGAGCUUCCUUCCUGCUUCUGACUUCCUGACUCCCCUGCCCUGGCUUCAGAACGUGACCACAGCUCCACCACCCCCCAACUCUUCUGCAAGUAGGACUUAGCUUUCUUGUCUACCUCCUCGGCCUUCUCGCCGCUCUGAUCCCACCUCCGGCUGCACCCACGCACCCCUCCCACCCCGCCCACCAGGUCCUGGGCAGGAGAGGGUCACACUUGUCACUUCCAAUCUGGGAAACAAGGGAGGGCUACGGGAGCCCUGGAAGCCCCCCUGGCUGGCUGAGGCCCGACCCCUCGGUCUGGGAGAGGUGUCAGGAACACAGUCACCCAGGCCUGGUUGUGUCCACAAGUCACAGGGGACUGGACCCUUCCCUCUCUGGGCUUUGCUAUCCUCAUCUGUAAAAUGCGAGUGAGCAGCCCAGCCCUGCUUGCUUCACAGGGUUGCCAUGGGACUCAAGUAAGAUGGUCCCUUCCCUCAGCCAAUGUUAUUGAGUGCCUACUAUGUGCCAGCAACUGUGCUAGGCUCUGUGGACACAGCCAUGAACAAGACAGACAGACACCUGCUCUAAGGUGCCUUCAGUCUGGGGUGGGUGGGAGGAGACAGAAAUUCAAUAACCAAACAACGAAAAGCACAGUGACAGUGACAGGGGAACUCUACAGUGCUAUUGGAGCAAGGAUAUCAACUUAGGGGAUGCGUCCUUGAAGGACGAGGAGGAGUUAGGUAAAGAGGAAAAAGAGGGUUCCAGGCAGAGGGAGCAGCAUGUGCAAAGGCCCAGGGGCGGCUCAGGGAAAAGCUUGAGAACAUUCAGGAAGGGGAAGGAAGAGGCCAGUGCUCUGAAAGAGGCAGAGGAGGCAGAGCCUUGGGUGCCAGACUGAGAAGAGGACACAAAGAUGUGGUCUAAACCGAAGGAAGCCAGGGCCGUUGGGGAGCCCAGAGCCUAUAGGCUUUGCCAUUCUCCAAUGUGAGCAAUGAACCUUGAGCAAGUUACUUCCCCUCUCAGAGCCUGGGUUUUCACUCCCAGUGAAAGAGGGGUCCCAAUACCUAUUUCGCCAAGGCUUUUGAAGAUUAGAGAAGAUCUAUCUACUGUACGUAAAAGACCCUAUCCCAAUGCAAAAGACUUCUCCGUAGAUGAUGACCACUGUUACUCCCAG